AUGCCUGGCCUUGCGACAUUCCCGCCGUUCCCAGAGAAUGUGCCCACUCACGCGUUGCUCGUCGUAGACUUCCUAUUGCUUAAGGCGGGCGACGCAGCAGAGAUCGAUAAGCUAUGGAAGGCAGCCACGGGGCUCGGAUUCUGGUACCUGAAGAACCACGGAGCUGACGAGGAAGUGAACGGUAUGUUCGACAUGGGCGCGGAGACCAUGGCACUCCCUCUGGAGGAGAAAAUGCAGUUCGAGCAAGGCGACGAUGGCACAUCUCCCGGGUACAAGGCGGCAGGUGCUAACGUUACCGAUGAGACCGGUGCGCUGGACUCAGUAGAGUUCAUCAACAUCUCCAAAGAUGAUGCACUCGCAUGGCCCGGGAAAGUCCAUAGGUCCUACCCACGCACAGUCAAUACCCGCAUGGAGCCCACCAUCGCUCCCUUCGUGCGCAAGGCAUUAGAUGUGAAUCUCACUAUCAUAGACAUACUGGAAGCCAAGCUCGGUUUGCAGGAGGGCGCAUUGGCAAAGAGACAUUCGAUCGAUGAGCGUAGCGGCAGCGAGGCGCGGUGCAUCAAGAGCCCGCCGCGGCCCCAUGGCUUCUCAGAGGACAAGGCGGCGCUAGGAUCACAUACAGAUUUCGGCUCUCUGUCCUUCUUGCACAAUCGCCUGGGAGGAUUGCAAGUCAUGGUACCGGGUGCGACGCAGUGGCAAUACCCGAUACCAGGUCAUGCCAUCUGCAACAUCGGGGACGCACUCACAAUUCUCAGUGGUGGAAUCCUGAUGUCCAACCUCCAUCGUGUAGUACCUCCGCCAAAGGAGCAGGGCAAAUUUGAACGCUGGUCUGUCGUGUUCUUCACAAGACCGGGCAACUCUAUCGAGCUCCGAGCCCUAGCAGAGGAGAGCCCGAUCAUCGCUGAAGCGGUCGCGCAGGCACCCGCUGGGAAGUAUCAGCCUGGAUCGACGGCGAAGGAGUGGUUCGCCAGGAGAGUGAGGAAUGAGAGGAGAAAUAACAGGACGGUAUUCGCAGGCCUCUAUCAGCGCGGUACACCGAGCUCCAUCACUAUGCCAGGCCUCAUAACGAUUCCCCCCUUCCCUGAAAAUGUGCCCAUGCAUCCGCUGCUUGUGGUCGACUACGAGAAGAUCAAGGCGGGCGACGAAGAAGAGAUCGACAAACUGUGGAAGGCGGCUACCGAGCUUGGGUUUUGGUAUCUGAAGAACCACGGCGUCGAAGAAGAAGUGAACGGAAUGUUCGAUAUGGGCGCGGAGACUUUGAGUCUACCGAUGGAAGAGAAGAUGAAAUAUGAACAGGGCGACGAGGGGAUGUCCUGCGGCUACAAAGCCGUAGGAGCCAACGCCACGGAUGACACCGGCGCACCGGAUGCCGCAGAGUUCAUCAACGUCGCCAAAGACGAUGCACUAGCAUGGCCUGCGCAAGUGCACCGCGACUACCCUGCGACAGUAUAUGCCUGCAUGGAGUCCACAGUUGUCCCGUUCGUACACAAGUCGCUGGAGGUCAACUACACGUUAGUCGAUGUCCUCAAUGGGCGACUCGGCCUACCGGAGGGUACGCUCGCUUCGAAGCACAAGCUGGAAGAGCACAGCGCGAGCGAGACUCGUUGCAUCAAGACCCCGCCGCGGCAGCACGGAAUGACUGAGGAUAAGGCGGCGCUGGGCGCACACACUGAUUUUGGCUCCCUGUCUUUCUUGCACAAUCGCCUUGGAGGGUUGCAAGUGAUGGUACCAGGAACAACGGAGUGGCAGUAUAUAAAGCCCAUCCCUGGACACGCUAUCUGCAACCUCGGGGACGCCAUGACAAUUUUCAGCGGCGGCAUCUUGCGCUCCAAUCUCCAUCGCGUAGUCCCUGCGCCGAAGGAACAGGGCAUAUACGAGCGUUGGUCUGUUGUCUUCUUCUUUAGGCCAGGGUUUUCUGUCGAACUCCGUGCUCUGGCCGACGAGAGCCCGUUGAUUGCACAGGCAGUCGCACAGGCGCCGGAGGGCAAGUAUUCUCCCGGCGUGACCUCGAAGGAGUGGUUUACGAGAAGAACCAAGAAUCAAAGAAUGAAGAACAGAAAAGGUCCAGAGACUUAUCGUGCUAGUAGGGGAAUGGAGCACCAGCCCUACGCUGUUUGA